CCCCCUUAAACUUCUCCGAACUCGAGCGCAUCAAUCGCAUCGGCAGCGGCGCUGGCGGUACGGUUUACAAAGUCCUACAUCGCCCCACCGGAAGACUCUACGCUCUCAAAGUCAUCUACGGUAACCACGAGGACUCCGUUCGCCUUCAGAUGUGCCGUGAGAUCGAGAUUCUCCGUGACGUCGACAACCCUAACGUCGUUAGAUGUCACGAUAUGUUCGAUCACAACGGUGAAAUCCAAGUCCUCCUUGAAUUCAUGGAUAAAGGCUCUCUUGAAGGGAUCCACAUCCCUAAAGAAUCAGCUCUUUCGGAUCUAACCCGACAAGUCCUCUCGGGUCUCUAUUACCUCCACAGGCGUAAGAUUGUGCACAGAGAUAUCAAGCCCUCGAAUUUGCUAAUCAGCUCCAGGCGCGAGGUGAAAAUUGCUGACUUUGGGGUGUCGAGAGUGCUGGCACAAACUAUGGAUCCUUGUAAUUCGUCAGUUGGGACAAUUGCCUAUAUGAGUCCAGAGAGAAUCAACACAGAUCUGAAUCAUGGACAGUACGAUGGGUAUGCUGGAGAUAUAUGGAGUCUUGGUGUGAGCAUAUUGGAGUUUUAUUUGGGAAGGUUUCCGUUUUCUGUUGGGAGGUUAGGUGAUUGGGCUAGUCUUAUGUGCGCCAUUUGUAUGUCACAGCCGCCGGAGGCUCCGGCAACUGCUUCUAGAGAGUUCAGGGACUUUAUUGCUUGCUGUUUGCAGAGGGAUCCUGCACGGCGGUGGACGGCGGCACAGCUCUUGCGUCAUCCAUUUAUUACCCAGAAUAGCCCAGCCGCCACCACCACCGGUAAUAUGAUGCCACUUCCUAAUCAGGUUCAUCAGCCAGCACAUCAAUUGUUACCUCCACCUCCUCAUUUUUCUUCUUGACGUUUUAGGUUUGGAGAAUUACAUUCCCCUCCUCCUGUUUUACUUAAUUUUUUUGGUUUUAUUUUGUGUAAUCUUAAAUGUUGUUACUUUUCUAUUAAUGGGGAUGAUGGGUAGUGGUGGUGAAGGGGUGGCUGGAUUUUUAUUUCUGGAGAAGAAGGAAAAAUUGGAGAAAUGGGGUCUUGGUUAUGAUAAAGCUCGAGUCUUUCCAUUUUCAGCUGAUCAACAAUUGUUGUUUUUACACUCUUUUAUCAGGAGAAAGGAAAGUAGAAAUUAUGGAUUGCCCCAAGUUAAUAUUUUGGAUAUGUUUUUUUUUGCAAAAAUGGAAUCUUUUAUCAAGUCAUGGACUUAUUUAGCUAUAAAGCAUUUCACAUGUUGAAGACAAAUGACCAUGAAAAGUGAAAAAAGAAAGUUUUCCAAUUCUCUCUUUCCUA